AACAGAAUCCCCACGGCGGUUUCGAAAAAUGUCCUUGGAGAUAUAGUAUGCAGUUCUAACAAAUCAUCAAUACUAUAAAUACCUUACAAUAACGUUCUGAAAGCUACUCUUAAAGUGUAUUACUGUUCUAAACAUUAUUUUGAUGACUUCCCCAAGUCUUGUUUUUAUUAUUUUAGCAAGCGUUAUCCGUUGGAUAAACGCGCAUCCCAAAAUCAUUGAGCAACAUCAUACGAAGGGAAUUGAAAAGAACGAUAAAUUUCCUGGUGAUGGAGAAACUCAAGCUGAUUCUGUUUUCUCUGGAAUAUCGACUUUCGGUCGUCUUCCAUAUUGGCAAUGCUUGAAUGAUAAAAGUAAAUCUUUUGACAUAGCUUUCAUUGGAGCACCAUUCGACACUGGAACAAGUUAUCGCCCUGGAGCUAGAUUUGGACCAAGUGGAAUCCGCGAAGGUUCCCGACGUUUGAAUCUUUAUGGAGGCUAUAAUGUACCAAUGGAGACAAAUCCUUUUAACAAUUGGGCAAAAAUUGUGGACUGUGGCGAUAUACCUUUGACAAGCUACGACAACGCUGUUUCUAUAAAACAGAUUGAAAGUGGUCACUUUGAGUUGCUGACCCGUAAGCCAUCGUCUUAUUCCGAAAGAGAUGGUUAUGCGCUAGACGGAAGUGUUUUGCCUAGAGUGAUUACCCUUGGUGGUGACCAUACAGUGGUGCUACCAAUUCUUCGAUCUGUUUCUCGAGCAUACGGUCCUAUAUCAAUCAUACAUUUUGAUAGUCAUCUGGACAGUUGGAAACCCAAGGUGUUCGGAGGUGGUAAAUCCAGUGUUGGUAGCAUUAAUCACGGCACAUAUUUUUAUCAUGCCAGCCAAGAGGGACUGAUUUCCAAUAAUUCGAAUAUUCAUGGUGGAAUUCGUACAACGCUUUCUGGAUUGUCGGACUAUGAUGAUGAUGCCGAUUGCGGUUUCGAAAUUAUUGAAGCUCGUGAGAUUGACACGAUUGGAAUGGACGCCAUCAUUAAGAAAAUUAGAGACAGAGUAGGAGACGGAAUAGCAUACUUAUCGAUUGACAUUGAUGUACUUGACCCUGCUUAUGCUCCUGCUACGGGUACGCCUGAAAGUGCAGGUUGGACCACCAGAGAAUUACGCACAAUUCUUCGAGGUUUGGAUGGAAUUAAGCUUGUAGGAGCUGAUGUUGUAGAAGUGGCACCCGCCUAUGACUUUGCUGAAGUUACUACAUUAGCUGCCUCUGAUAUCUUAUUUGAAAUUAUGUCGAUUAUGGUGAAGACUCCUCUCUAUAAGCAGAGAGGUAAAUUUUAUUAGAUUUACGGUUAAAUUUUGAAUAAUGCUGAAUAAUGCUAACAAGCUUAAUAAUUAUGCAAGUUUUCAUUG